AUUCUGGAGAAAGAAAAAGAAGAAGAAGCAUCAGUAGCGGUCCGCGGGACUAAACGCGAGUUAAAAUUGCGCCCUGAGAACGGAUUCAGUGGAUGCUUACGGAAACAAGUCCGAUUAACUCUGGACUCGAAUCUAAAUGUGAAGCUGGCGUGUGUGAAUCCAGAGUAAACGGUGAUGCCACAUCAGUGAUGGAUCCCAUAGCCGUGAGCACGUCUGCGACGGGUCAGGAUGAGUUUGACCGCAACGCGCCGCGGAUCUGUGGAGUGUGUGGAGACAAGGCCACCGGCUUCCACUUCAACGCCAUGACCUGCGAGGGCUGCAAGGGCUUCUUCAGACGCGAGUGGGAGUCGUGGGGAAGGCAGAUCGCCAUUUUAAAGCGAAAACGGAUACAGUCGCGUAUAAAAGAGCCUCUUUGUGUGUCGUAUUCGGUCGACCGAGGACAGCAGGUCAAAGUACAACAGUUUUUGGAAAUCGUUCAAAUCCCUGAGCGUGGCCUAAGUAAGAGACAGACGCACAGAUGGCAGGCGCUCCAGACUGGCACUGUCAGCGGCCCGUUCGGCUCGACCCGCUCCGGGAAACACUGCUCAGUUCAACAGCCCGGGACAGCCGUGCAGACGGCCGCAUGUGCAGCGCUUCAGCUGUCAGUCAGCGUCUGUAUUUACUCUGCCGCCCGCUGGGCGUCUGAAAAACUGCCACCCGAGUCUCGUCUGGCGGCCGUCCACACCUUCACGGGAGCCUGGAGUCUGAGCCAAGAGCUCCAGAAUAUCAGCUUUUUGGAAAUCGUUCAAAUCCCUGAGCGUGGCCUAAGUAAGAGACAGACGCACAGAUGGCAGGCGCUCCAGACUGGCACUGUCAGCGGCCCGUUUGGCUCGACCCGCUCCGGGAAACACUGCUCAGUUCAACAGCCCGGGACAGCCGUGCAGACGGCCGCAUGUGCAGCGCUUCAGCUGUCAGUCAGCGUCUGUAUUUACUCUGCCGCCCGCUGGGCGUCUGAAAAACUGCCACCCGAGUCUCGUCUGGCGGCCGUCCACACCUUCACGGGAGCCUGGAGUCUGAGCCAAGAGCUCCAGAAUAUCAGCUGUGUCUCAGUCAUUCUGACAGACGAGGAGGUGCAGAGGAAGAAGGAUCUGAUCCUGAAGAGGAAGGAGGAGGAGGCGGCGGUGCGGGAGGCGCGGAAACCUCGUCUGAGCGAGGAGCAGAUGCAGAUCAUCAACACACUGGUGGAGGCGCAUCACAAGACCUACGACGACUCCUACUCCGAUUUUGUCCAAUUCAGGGUCAGUUCAGACUCCUUCAUAAAAAGUCUAACUGGUUCUGUCUGUGUCUCAGUCAUUCUGACAGACGAGGAGGUGCUGAGGAAGAAGGAGCUGAUCCUGAAGAGGAAGGAGGAGGAGGCGGCGCGGGAGGCGCGGAAACCUCAUCUGAGCGAGGAGCAGAUGCAGAUCAUCAAUACACUGAACGUCUCGCUCUGUCUCUCCGGUGUCUCUGUAGAGUCUGUGGACACUAAGCUGAACUUCAGUAAUCUGCUGAUGAUGUAUCAGGACAGCGGCGGCUGUCCAGACUCCAGCGAGGAGGACAACUCACGCAUGUCCAUGUUACCGCACCUCGCCGACCUCGUCAGCUACAGCAUCCAGAAAGUCAUCGGAUUCGCCAAGAUGAUCCCUGGAUUCAGGGACCUGACGGCAGAAGAUCAGAUCGCUCUGCUCAAGUCCAGCGCUAUCGAGAUCAUCAUGCUGCGCUCCAAUCAGUCGUUCAGUCUGGAGGACAUGAGCUGGAGCUGCGGAGGACCGGACUUCAAAUACUGCGUCAAUGACGUCACUAAAGCGGGUCACACUCUGGAGCUGCUGGAGCCACUGGUGAAGUUUCAAGUGGGUCUGAAGAAGCUUAGCAUGACUGAGGAGGAACAUGUGCUGCUGAUGGCCAUCUGCCUGCUGUCGCCAGAUCGGCCCGGCGUUCAGGACCACGUGCGCAUCGAGGCGCUCCAGGACCGUCUGUGUGACGUCCUGCAGGCGUACAUCCGGAUCAAUCACCCCGGCGGCCGUCUGCUGUACGCCAAGAUGAUCCAGAAGCUGGCGGACCUGCGCAGCCUGAACGAGGAGCACUCCAAGCAGUACCGCUCGCUGUCCUUCCAGCCCGAGCACAGCAUGCAGCUGACGCCGCUGGUGCUGGAGGUGUUCGGCAGCGAGGUGUCCUAGCAUCCGAGAGCCCCCCGGCACGCUCCGGAGCCCCGGCAGCACACGGGACACCGUUAGAGCGUCACCGCUCACGCUACGGGGGGCUGUAGGGAUGCACGGGUGUGGUGCACAGGUCUGGAUAACGUCUCGGGAUUCCCACUUUUAAGCUACGGGGAAUUCCGAAAGGAAUGUAUUAAUAAAGUAUGAAUAGAACGAUGCAUAUAAACUAAUAUUUAUAUUUAAGAGAGAGAGAGAGAGAUGGUUUGUAUUAAGUGAUAAUGUAUAGCCAGAGGAUCCUCUGUUGUAAUAGGAUUAGCAGGCUCUUCUAGUUCGUGUGUGUGUGUGUGUGUGAGAGUGUGAGUGUGUGUGUGUGUGUGUGAGAGAGUGUGUG